AUGAGCAAUUACUCAACGGACUUGUUCCAAACCUCCUUGUUUGGAGAGAAUCUUCUUGUGUUUUGUGGCGCUUCUAGGAACAAGCUCAUGUUUUCAAGUGCAAACAAGCAUGUCACCCCAAGGUGGCCACGCUCCAUAAGUGCAGCUCUGAACUUUCCUUCUGAUAGGGGAUUUCGUCAGGAUGACCUCGCCAAAUUACGAGCAUUAAUGAUCCCUGAGUUUCUCAAACCAGAGGCUCUACAGCGCUUCUUACCUAUAAUUGAUUCCAUGGUGAAAGAACACUUGGAGAUAGCUUGGUCUCCUUAUAAUGAAGUGAAGGUUCUCCCACUGACAAAGGAGUACACCAUUGCAGUUACUUGUUGGGUGUUAGUAAAUAUAAAAGAUCUGGAGCAUAUAAAUAGAUUUGCCAAUCUCUUUGGUCUUCUUACAAAGGGCGUUUUAUCUGCUCUUAUUAAACUUCAAGGCACAACUUUCAGUCGUGCUGUUAGAGAAGGCAAGUUUCUCCAUGAAGAGUUCCUUGCCAUCAUUAGAGAGAGAAAGAUGGAGUUGUUAGAGAAGAAAGGGCCAACAAAAGAAGACCUGCUGAGUCACAUGCUCCUAAUGACAAAUCAUGAGAACGACAAAGGAAUGAACGAUAAGUUGAUCGCUUAA